AAGCUCGUAUGGAGCGAUGCAUGCUGCAUCGACAAGUCGAGCAGCGCAGAACUCUCCGAGGCGAUCAACUCGAUGUACGAAUGGUAUAGACUGGCGCACGUUUGUUACGUCUACCUCGAGGACGUCCCCGACGGCGAUAUCCCUAGCGACCACACCUCCCGUUUCCGGGACAGCAAGUGGCACAAACGCGGAUGGACGUUGCAGGAGCUGAUUGCGCCGGAGCGCAUCGAGUUCUUGACACGUACGUGGCGCUUCCUGGGAACGAAGAUCGGGCUCGCCUCAACUCUAGAGGAGAUCACCGGGGUGGACUUCGAUAUCCUCACGGGGCGGGCGACCGUAGACUCGGCGAACGUCGCGCGGAGGAUGUCAUGGGCGGCGGAGCGGGAGACAUCACGUAUCGAGGACCAAGCGUACUCGCUGAUGGGUAUAUUUGGCGUCCACAUGUCUCCUAUCUACGGCGAAGGCGACAACGCCUUUCUGCGUCUCCAGGAGGAGAUCAUUCGGACGAUUCCUGAUCACAGCAUGUUCGCCUGG